CUCUCUCUCACAAACGCACAGUUAGCCAAAGACACAGACACGUACGCUUGUGUAUCUGCAGCCCCAUUCUCUCAGGCUACGCGCAGACUGACAGGAGCAAACGGAGGCAAAGUGAGAAACACACAGAGAAAAAACAAGGGAGACGAGAGCAGGAGAAAAGAAGGGCUGAAGAAGCAGCAUCAGCUCCUUUUUGCUGCACUUUCAAGACCUCAGGACCACACAGGGAAAUCUACUCGGGGAUUCUGGGAGCCCUUCGUGAACAGGACUGUGAGGGUGUGUGAGGGACUACUGCACUUUGCCAUGGAGUCAGGACACACACACAGGGGACAUGUAGUCCGGUCAUUGGGGCUCUGCUGGACUGUGCUGGCCCUGACUGGACUGGUCACAGGCUUUAAUCUGGACACCACACACACUCUAACCAAGGAGGGAGAAAAGGGCAGUUUCUUUGGCUUCUCCCUUGCCCUUCAUAAGCAGCUAACUCCAACUCCACACAACUGGCUCUUAGUGGGGGCACCACAGGCCAGGGGUCUUGGAGCCCUGCGUUCCAGCCGCCCCGGUGCCCUGUACCGCUGUCCAAUCACAGCAGAGGAAUAUGACUGUGAGCGAGUGGACAUCGAUGGAGAAGUCAGCCUAGAGCGUGAGAGUAAAGAUAACCAGUGGCUGGGCGUGACGGUGAAGAGCCAGGGGAUUGGUGGAAAAGUGGUGACGUGUGCCCACCUGUACGAGUUACGGCAGAGGGUCAGCCAGCCGUCAGAGACGCGUGAUCCGAUAGGCCGUUGCUAUGUGCUGAGCGAAGACCUGACCGAGAGGGAUGACCUGGACGGGGGAGAGUGGAAAUUCUGUGAGGGGAGGCCACAAGGUCAUGAACAAUUUGGUUUCUGCCAGCAGGGCCUCUCUGCUAGCUUUACCCCUGACAACAACUACAUCCUGUUUGGAGCACCUGGAACCUACAACUGGAAAGGGGAGAUGCACGUUCAGCUUCUCAACCAGACGGUACUGGAGCUGGGUUACUAUGACGACGGCCCAUAUGAGGUGGCAGAUGAGAAGCAGUUGAAUGCCGCUUUGAUCCCAGUCCCGUACCACAGCUACCUGGGGCUCUUGUUCAUGGCCAGUCCCAUUGAGGAUGCGCUGGUGUACAAAACCCUGGAACCAUCUGCCCGUCCAAUGUUUGAGGAUGUAGCUCAGAAUAGCUACCUAGGUUUCUCCGUCGAUUCGGCCAAGGCUGUGAUGAGCAGGACGGAGCUGACCUUUGUAGCGGGGGCACCAAGAGCCAAUCACACGGGGGCUGUGGUGCUCCUGCGGAAGGAUAACGUGUAUCGGCUGGUGCCGCAGCACAUCCUUUUGGGAGAGGAGCUGGCCUCCUCCUUUGGCUACUCCGUCACCACCACUGACCUCAACAGUGACGGCUGGACAGAUCUGAUAGUCGGAGCUCCUAACUUCUUUGACCGUAAGGCAGAGAUUGGGGGAGCUGUGUAUGUUUUCCUGAACCCAUCCAGUCAUUGGGAGAAAGCUCGGCCAAUCCGACUUAACGGUACCUAUGAUUCCAUGUUUGGGAUGACUGUCAAUAGUGUGGGAGACCUGGACCAAGAUGGCUAUGCAGAUAUCGCUGUGGGAGCUCCAUUUGACGGGGAUGGAAAGGUUUUCAUCUACCGUGGUUCUGUUUCUGGCAUUGAGACAAAACCCGCCCAGAUUCUGGAUGGAGCAAGUGCAGGGGUGCAGAGGUUUGGUUACUCUAUAUCUGGAGGCCUGGACAUGGAUGGGAACCUGUACCCUGACCUGGCAGUGGGCUCCCUCAGUGACCAGGUGGUCCUCUUCAGGUCUCGUCCAGUGGUACACGUGAUCAGAGACAUAUCGAUGGAGCCUCACAAUAUUGACCUGAGCCAACAGAACUGCAAAGGAAGAGAUGGAGUGUGUGUGGAAAUCAAGGCCUGUUAUACUUACACUGCUCACCCGGAAAGCUACUCACCACAUAUAACUCUGGGAGUACACUUUGAAGCUGAUACAGAGCGCAGGAAGUUGGGUCUGCCUCACAGAGUUCACUUCCUGGGUCGGAGUGCGUCUGAGCCAGAGUACGUCCAUGCUGAGGAGGUGGAGCUUGAGGGUCAGAAACAUCCGGAAUGCCAGACCGCCACCUUCGUCCUACAGGAGAAGAUUCAGGAUAAAUUGAGGCCCAUCUCCCUGGCCGUCACACACACCAUCAAGAGGACACGGCAUCAUGGUCACGCACCAGGCUCCAAACACCUGGGUCUCCUCUCUCCUGUGCUCAGCAUCGCCAUGUCCAACACUUACCUCACUGAGGUGAAUUUUCUGAGGGAAGGCUGUGGAGAUGAUAAGAUCUGCCAGAGCAACCUGAAGAUUGGAUACCAGUUUGGCACCACAGCCCUACUCUCUGACAUCUUCACUCCUCUGUCAGUAGAUGAGGAUAAGGUGCCCGUGUUCUCGCUGUCUGACCAGAGAUCGAUAACGCUGGAGAUCAUUGUGACCAACAUGCCCUCUGACCCUGAGAAUCCACAGGAGGAUGGAGAUGACGCCCAUGCUGCCCAGCUUCUGGUGGUCAUGCCCGACACGCUGUCUUACUCAGGCCUCAGGAAACAGGUUGGUGCGCAGGUGGAGUGUCAGGCCAAUCAGAAUGGCUCGCAGUGUGACCUUGGUAACCCUAUGAAAAGAGAUGCUAUGCUCAAGUUCCAAAUAAUAAUGAGCACUUCUGCAAUUACCUUAGAAACCACAGAUUUGUCCGUUGAUCUUGUAUUGUCAACUAUCAGUGAGCAGCCAAACUUGGCCCCAGUCACAGCAUAUGCCAAAGUGGUUAUAGAGCUCCCCCUGGCGGUCAGUGGACUCGCACGGCCUCAUCAGCUCUUCUUCAGUGGGACAGUGAGGGGAGAGAGUGCCAUGAAGACGCUGGAUGACAUCGGCAGUCCUGUUGAAUAUGAGUUUACGGUGUCCAACACUGGGCAGUCUCUUCAGACACUAGGCUCUGCCUUCUUGAAUAUCAUGUGGCCUUAUGAACUACCCAAUGGGAAGUGGCUACUCUACCCCAGCAGCCUACAUAUAGAGGGUCAUCCACACACCCACUGCACGCCCAGGACUUCUCUAAACCCCUUAGACCUGCCACCCCUGGAUCAGCCCCAGGCUGCUCACAUCAAGAUGAGGAGAAAGAUACGGUCUCAUCCAGAGGAGGAGGAUAAAAUCGUAACUAAAAACAGUGUGGGCAGAACCACACCAGCUGUCGCUGCAUCUGAGAGAAGAAAGUCUCUUAAGCUUGACUGUUUGCUGGGAUCGGCACGAUGUGUGCUAUUCCAGUGUCCUCUUCACAGUUUCUCAGGUUCUGCGAUGUUCAGGAUCAAAGCUCAUCUGUGGAACAGCUCCUUUAUUGAGGACUUCUCCACUGUCAGUGCGCUGGAACUGAUGGUCAGAGCCAACAUCACAGUGAAGUCCAGUAUAAAACAUCUUGUGUUGAGGGAUGCUUCUACGCAGGUGCCAGUGAUGAUCUACCCAGAGCACAGUCUAUCAGACCAGUACUUGAUUCCAUGGUGGAUCAUCCUUGUUGCAGUCUUGGCUGGCAUUCUGGUGCUGGCCCUGCUGGUCUGCAUAUUGUGGAAGUGUGGUUUCUUCCGGAGGGCGCAGUAUAAAGACAAGGUGCCCCAGUACCACGCUGUGAAGAUCCCUCGGCAGGAACGCACACAGUUCCAGAAUGAGAAGUCCAUUGUUUUACACAAGAAAGAGUGGGCCACCCACUGGACUGAUGGCACCUCUUGA